AUGUCUGAGCGAAAGGUCCUCACCAAGUACUAUCCACCGGACUUCGACCCCUCCAAAAUCGAACGCCGUCGAGGUCCCAAGCAGACAGGCCCGAAGCAGCAAACCGUCCGCCUCAUGGCACCCUUCAGCAUGAAAUGCACAACCUGCGGAGAGUUCAUAUACAAAGGGCGCAAGUUCAACGCUAGGAAAGAGACCACGGACGAGAAAUACUAUGCGAUCACCAUCUUUCGCUUCUACAUUCGCUGUACCCGCUGCUCGGCGGAGAUCACCUUCAAGACCGACCCGAAGAACAUGGACUAUACGUGCGAGAAGGGAGCGAAGCGGAAUUUCGAGCCGUGGAGAGAGGCGAAGCUUGCUGAGGAGACGGAGGAGGAGAGGCUGGAUCGGUUGGAGAGGGAAGAGGAAGAGCGGGAUGCUAUGAAGGAGCUGGAGAAGAAGACCGUGGAUGCCAAGACGGAGAUGGCUAUCGCAGAUGCUUUGGAUGAUGUGCGGCAUCGGAAUGCUGCUCGAGAGAGAGCCAUGAAGGAAGGCGCAACGGUAGUAGACGCACCACAGCAAGUCGACGAGGAUGCGGAGCGAUUGGAGAAAGAGAUCGAGGAGCAAGCAAGGCUGGCCUUCCAAAGUGGGACGGGUGAGAAGGUGCGACGGCUAGGCGAGGAGGAUGAAGACGGCGAAGUCGACAGCCAGGCGCAGGACAGAGCAGCGAUGCCGCCGCCUGCUCUUCCGACCUUCCAACGGCAACUGAAGAAAAAGAAAGACACAGCAUCAUUGCUCGGCAUCAAGAAGGCGACUGCAGAGGCGACCACUCAAGUUGCACCAGCGCCUGUGAAAGCGCAGUCACCGGUCGUGAUAGCCACACCUGCUGCACCAACGGCUGGCCUUGGUCUAGGCGCAUACUCUUCAGAUGAGGACGACGAUUGA